GAGUCCGGCUCCGGAGGCGAGCCGCGGGAAAGGCGCGUGUCGGCCUCUCACUGGCGGCAGAGCCGCGGCCGCCCCGCCCCGUCCCGGCGCUCCGAGGGCACGCAGCGCCGCCGGGGAUGGGCAGCGAGGGGCUCGCCGUGGCGCGGCGGGUGACAGGGGCCUGCGGUAAGAUGGGCCUUGUGCUUCUGCUCAGUGGACUGUGGCUAUUUUCGUCAGUGAAGGCAGAUUCAAAAGCCAUCACCACCUCUCUGACCACAAAGUGGUCUUCCACGCCGUUGUUGUUAGAAGCCAGUGAAUUUUUAGCAGAAGAGAGUCCAGAGAAAUUUUGGAAUUUUGUAGAAGCCAGUAAAAAUAUUGGAUUAUCAGAUAAUCACGCUACUGAUUAUUCCUAUUAUCAGGCAGUGUUGGAAGCUGCAUUUCGCUUUCUGUCACCUCUUCAGCAGAAUUUGUUGAAAUUUUGCCUGUCUCUGCAUUCUUACUCGUCUACAAUCCAAGCCUUCCAACAGAUAGCGGCUGACGAGCUCCCGGCAGAAGGCUGCAGCUCCUUUUUCUCAGUGCACGGAGAGAAGACGUGUGAUUUGGAUGCCGUUGAGACUCUCCUGCCGACAGCGUCUGAAAGGCCCAAACCUUUUCUGUUCAAAGGAGAUCACAGAUACCCUUCCACUAACCCUGAGAGCCCUGUGGUGAUUUUGUACUCUGAGAUUGGCUCUGAGGAAUUUUUUAAUUUCCACCACCAGCUUAUAUCAAAGAGUGAUGCAGGCAAAAUCAACUAUGUGUUGAGACAUUAUGUAUCUAAUCCCAGGAAGGAACCCGUGUAUCUCUCUGGCUAUGGUGUGGAAUUGGCCAUUAAGAGCACUGAAUACAAAGCAAAGGAUGAUACUCAGGUGAAAGGAACUGAAGUAAACACCACGGUGAUUGGUGAAAGUGACCCUAUUGAUGAAGUUCAGGGGUUUCUUUUUGGAAAAUUAAGAGAUCUGCACCCUGAUCUGUCAGUGCAGCUGAAGGAACUCAGAAAGCAUCUGGUGGAGAGCACCAAUGAAAUGGCGCCUUUGAAAGUCUGGCAGUUGCAAGAUCUGAGUUUCCAGACUGCUGCUCGAAUCUUGGCCGCUCCUGUUGAAUUAGCUUUAGUGGUUAUGAAGGAUCUUAGUCAGAAUUUCCCUACCAAAGCCAGGGCAAUCACGAAAACUGCUGUGAGUUCAGAACUUCGAGCGGAAGUGGAAGAGAAUCAAAAGUAUUUUAAGGGAACUUUAGGCAUACAUCCUGGAGACUCAGCUAUUUUCAUCAAUGGACUUCACAUUGAUUUAGAUACACAAGACAUAUUCAGUCUUUUUGAUACCUUGAGGAAUGAAGCUCGAGUGAUGGAGGGCCUGCACAGGCUGGGAAUAGAGGGACAUUCUCUGCACAAGAUUUUGAAGCUGAACAUCCAGCAGUCCGAGUCCGACUACGCGGUGGACAUCAGGAGUCCUGCCAUUACGUGGGUUAACAACCUGGAGCUUGAUAGCAGAUACAGUUCAUGGCCUUCUAACCUACAAGAGUUGCUUCGACCCACUUUUCCUGGCGUUAUCCGGCAGAUCAGAAGGAACUUGCAUAACAUGGUUUUCAUGGUUGACCCUACACAUGAGAGCACGGCGGAGUUGAUUAACACGGCUGAGAUGUUCCUCAGUAAUCAUAUACCUCUAAGAAUUGGUUUUAUCUUUGUGGUUAAUGACUCUGAAGAUGUUGAUGGGAUGCAAGAUGCCGGCGUGGCUGUUCUGAGAGCGUAUAACUAUGUCGUGCAAGAAGUGGAUCGGUAUCAUGCCUUCCAAACUCUGACACAUAUCUAUAAUAAAGUGAGGACUGGAGAAAAAGUGAAAGUGGAACACGUGGUCAGUGUCCUGGAGAAGAAAUAUCCGUAUGUGGAAGUGAACAGCAUUUUGGGAAUUGACUCUGCGUACGAUCAAAGUCGCAAGGAAGCAAGAAGCUACUAUGAGCAGACUGGAGUCGGUCCACUUCCUGUCAUCCUAUUCAAUGGGAUGCCCCUUGAAAGAGAACACCUCGAUCCUGAUGAGUUGGAGACCAUCACCAUGCACAAAAUCCUGGAGACCACAAACUUCUUCCAAAGAGCUGUGUACUUGGGUGAACUACCCCACGAUCAAGAUGUGGUGGAGUAUCUCAUGAAUCAGCCAAAUGUUGUUCCUCGAAUCAAUUCCAGGAUUUUGAUGGCUGAGCGAGUGUAUCUGGACUUAACAGCAAGUAAUAAUUUUUAUGUGGAUGAUUAUGCUAGAUUUACUGUCUUGGAUUCCCAAGGAAAGACUGCUGCAAUAGCCAACAGUAUGAACUAUCUAACAAAGAAAGGAAUGUCCUCCAAGGAAAUCUAUGAUGAGUCUUUCAUUCGGCCAGUGACUUUCUGGAUUGUUGGGGAUUUUGAUAGCGCUUCUGGGAGGCGAUUGCUGCACGAUGCUAUCAAACAUCAGAAAUCCAGUAACAAUGUAAGGAUAAGCAUAAUCAAUAAUCCCAGUGCAGAAAUAAGCCACAAGGACACUCAGAUCGCCAGAGCAAUCUGGGCAGCCCUCCAGACACAGAGCUCCAACGUGGCCAAGAACUUCAUCACCAAAAUGGCCAAGCAGGAGACCGCAGAGGCACUGGCCACCGGAGCAGACAUCACGCAGUUCUCAGUCGGGGGCAUGGAUUUCAGUCUUUUUAACGAGGUCUUUGAGUCUUCCAAAAUGGAUUUCAUUUUGUCUCAUGCCGUGUACUGCAGGGAUGUCCUGAAGCUGAAGAAGGGACAGAGGGCAGUGAUCAGCAAUGGAAGGAUCAUUGGACCGCUGGAAGAAAGUGAACUCUUUAAUCAAGAUGAUUUCCACCUUCUGGAAAAUAUCAUCUUAAAAACCUCAGGACAGAAGAUAAAGUCUCACAUUCAGCAUCUUCGAGUAGAAGAAGAUGUGGCAAGUGAUCUGGUGAUGAAGGUGGACGCACUCCUGUCAGCUCAGCCAAAAGGAGAAGCACGAGUUGAGUACCAGCUUUUUGAAGACAAACACAGUGCGAUCAAGCUGCGGCCCACAGAAGGGGAAACGUACUUCGACGUCCUGGCUGUCAUCGACCCUGCCACCCGAGAGGCGCAGAGGCUCACCCCGCUGCUCCUGGUUUUGGUACAGCUGGUAAACAUGAAUCUAAGAGUGUUUAUGAACUGCCAGUCUAAACUCUCCGACAUGCCUUUGAAAAGCUUCUACCGUUACGUCUUAGAACCAGAGAUUGCCUUCACCUCAGACAAGAGCUUUGCUAAAGGUCCAAUAGCGAAGUUUCUGGAUAUGCCACAGUCACCGCUGUUCACGCUGAAUCUGAACACACCCGAGAGCUGGAUGGUUGAAUCUGUCAGAACGCCCUACGAUCUUGACAAUAUUUAUUUGGAGGAGGUGGACAGCAUAGUAGCUGCUGAGUAUGAGCUGGAGUACCUGUUACUGGAAGGUCAUUGCUAUGACGUCACCACAGGUCAACCCCCCCGAGGACUGCAGUUUACAUUAGGAACUUCAGCCAAUCCUGUCGUCGUGGAUACCAUUGUCAUGGCCAAUCUGGGCUAUUUCCAGCUGAAAGCCAAGCCGGGAGCCUGGUUCCUCAGGCUGCGGAAGGGGCGCUCGGAGGAUAUCUACAGGAUCUACAGCCACGAUGGUACCGAUUCUCCUCCUGACGCUGAUGAGGUUGUCGUCAUCCUCAACAACUUCAAAAGUAAAAUUAUUAAAGUGAAGGUUCAGAAGAAGGCGGACAUGGUGAACGAAGACCUGCUGAGCGAUGGGACAAGUGAGAAUGAAUCUGGAUUUUGGGACUCCUUCAAAUGGGGCUUCACAGGAGGACAGAAGACGGAGGAUGUGAAACCAGAUAAAGACGACAUAAUUAAUAUUUUCUCUGUUGCGUCCGGUCACCUCUAUGAAAGAUUUCUUCGUAUAAUGAUGCUGUCCGUGCUGAAGAACACCAAGACUCCUGUGAAGUUCUGGUUCCUGAAGAAUUAUCUGUCCCCUACGUUCAAGGAGUUUAUCCCUUACAUGGCACGCAAGUACAAUUUCCAGUAUGAACUUGUGCAGUACAAAUGGCCCAGGUGGCUUCACCAGCAGACGGAGAAGCAGCGCAUCAUCUGGGGUUACAAGAUCCUCUUCCUGGAUGUGCUCUUCCCACUCGCGGUCGACAAAUUCCUGUUUGUGGAUGCUGAUCAGAUUGUGCGGACAGAUCUGAAGGAGUUGAGGGAUUUCAAUUUGGACGGUGCCCCUUACGGCUACACUCCUUUCUGUGACAGUCGAAGAGAAAUGGAUGGCUACAGGUUCUGGAAGUCGGGGUACUGGGCCAGUCAUUUAGCUGGGCGAAAAUAUCACAUCAGUGCACUGUAUGUCGUGGACCUGAAGAAGUUUAGGAAAAUAGCUGCCGGUGACAGACUCAGGGGACAGUACCAAGGGCUCAGCCAGGAUCCCAACAGCCUUUCAAAUCUUGAUCAAGAUUUGCCGAACAACAUGAUCCAUCAGGUGCCAAUUAAAUCACUUCCUCAAGAAUGGCUUUGGUGUGAAACGUGGUGUGAUGACGCCUCUAAGAAAAAGGCAAAGACAAUUGAUUUGUGCAACAAUCCCAUGACCAAGGAGCCCAAGCUGCAAGCAGCCGUGCGGAUCGUCCCCGAGUGGCAGGACUACGAUCAGGAAAUCAAGCAGCUGCAGGUGCGCUUCCAGGAGGAGAAGGAGGCAGGAACCCUGUACCAGGAAGAGACGCCUGAGCAGCCCCAAGAAGGACUUCAGAAUCAUGAAGAAUUAUGAUGUCUGCAGGAGGAUAGGAAACGACGCCCUUUGAAAGACAGUUUUUAUACUAAAUGCUAGUUUUCUGAUCUGUCUAUACAACUGCUGAUGAACUGGCGGCACAGCCACGCCACCCCCUUUUGAUUCUGAACAUUUGAUUUUGACUUCUGCACACCAGUGGGCGCCGGCUCUCUGGGGGUAAGCUCUGCCGGAUUUGUACCUCAGAGGAAGAUAAGUGGCUGCUCUUCGGGGACUCUGCCCAGAGCCAUCUUCUUGUUGGAAGUGGCAACACAGCCGCAGCCAGAAGAGUCUUGCGGUGCCCACACCUGUGGGCAUACAGACCAGCCCGAGAUGUCACGUUCUUCCGUACCUCAGUUUACCCACAACCUGAGCUGCACUGCCCAGGCCUCCGCCCCUCCCCACUUGGGGUCUGGCCGGCAGCAGCUUCGUCCAAGGCCUGCGUGCCAGCAUGCCCCUGCCUUGUACCUCCCACACAUUAGGAUUAUCGAUUGUUUCAUCAGAACCCAACCAACAAUCAUGUGUCUUCAGGGUUGGCUCGGUGCAGUUGCUAAGCAAAUGAAUUCUGGGAUGGGAUGGGAUAGGAUAGGAUGGGAUGGGGUGGGGUGUGGUUGGGGGCCCCUAGAAAUUAUAUCAGGGGUAGGAGGGCUCUGGGGGUCCAGGGGCGGGAAGGGCAGGCCAGAGGUUGGCUGUUCUCUCAGCCAUCACUGCUAGAUGGCAGUCAGAACUGAAGAGCAAUUGGUAUUCACCUAGUGUAGUGGGCAUUCUAGGGGACUGUUUUGUAAACAGCUUUGGUGUUUGUGGAAGUCUGCCUUUUCUUCUCACUUACCGGCUGCAGCCAUACUGUGAGCCACAAGGGUGGGGUGUGGUGGCGUGGCAGGAGGUGGAGGCUCGGCAGCUCCCCUCUCCCUGCCCGCCUCUCUCAGACCCACGGCUGGCCGGCUGGUCGGUCAGUGCGGGCUUUUCUCCGCAGAAGGCGGACUCCCACAUCCCAGCCCAAGAGGGAAUCUUGACUGGAGCUCAGCGGUCCCUCCUGGCUCCUCUGUCCUGGCUCUGUGGACAUUGCCCACCCCGGUUUUGAUGUCCCAUGGCCGCACUCUGGAGUUCUGCCAAGCUGUGUUCUUUCCAGGGGUGGCAGAGGCCCCAUUGCCCUGGCUCCGUCCCUGCCCAGGCUGCUAGGCUACAGCAGCACAAGCACCGGUGGGGCACUGCACUCACCUCUCAGUGCCCAGAGGCCAGUGGCUUGUUCUGUUUUAAUAUUUUACCUGCAUUUUAAAAAUGCAAGCAGUGGGUGCAGAUAGCUAGCCAGCUAAGUCCUCACCCUUCUAAGCCAGUUACUAAACUGGUGUGCAGUCUUUUUUUAAAUAAAUCAGAAUCUCAUCACUAAUACCAAGUAAUUUAUUUUCCCCAUAUUCAAAUGCGGAAGUUUGUUUAGGAACCUCCCCAGUAGGUCUGGAGGAAUACUUAGGUUUCCCAAGUCCAUUAAAAACCCAAAGCUCAGAAGAGGAUGAGGCACGUGUUUUGGUCCUUCCCGCUCUCCCCGUCCUCCCAUGUGGCUGCUGGGCACAGAGGCUGUGGCACUGCGUCCCCUGCCUGCCUGCCCCACACCAGUAAGAGUAGCUAAGGGUGAUGGGAUUGGCCGAAUAAAAUAUAUUUGUUCCAACUUGACCUACGCAUUUGAUCAAGUCUCAGAGAGAAGGCCGCGGCCACUGUCCCAGGUUAUCAUCUGGUUGUUAAACAGGAACUCUCAAGCUACUGGGGCGUGCUUUCAAAACACUGGCUUUGUUGGGGUGUGGGACCGACCCUUCUCUAUCUCCCCAAGUGCGUCUUGUUCUUUGUAAGGAGGGAGCAGAGUCAGCCAUGUCCCAUGUCUGGGAGGUGUGUCCUGGCCACUCCUUGCUGUGUGCCUCAGCGGGUGUCCAGCACUCAGCUGGGUUCUGAAGUGAUCCGGGCUUCCUGUGUCGCGUCUUGCUUCCUGUGAGUGAUAACCUUUCAGCGAACCAUGUGCCCUUGGAAAUGAUGCUGUGCUCCCAUCCAGUCUUGAUCAGCUGUGCGUGUGUGUGUAUAUAUACACGCACGCGCACGUGUGCUGGAUGCUUGUACCCUGAGAGAGAUGGCCUGUCGCUUCUCUGUAGGGUUAGAAAAGUUGUGAGCUGUUGGAGUGGCGCGCGUCUGUGGUGUCACGGAAGGCCCGUGUGCCGUGGGAGCGCUACGUGGGAGAGCAGAUAUGAGCCAUGUCUGCUGGAUUCCCCCCCGCCGCCCUUGCGGAGCUUCGCUUCCUUGGCUCUCCUCGGUCCUCUCGUGUUCCUGCCUCUGAGCAGCUCAGACCUGCUGGCAGGGCCCGGAUCCUCAGCUCUAGAAAAGGGCUGAGAGCUGGGGCUUGUCCUGCAGGUGCGGGGAGACUGGCCAUGAAGCACUAGAACCCCGUUAGCCAGGGACCGUAGCUUACCUGAACCACUGCUUAGGGACAGGCCAGAUACCAUGCCCAACAGCAGGAAUGAAGUCAGACCUUUGAAAGCAUCCUUUUAAAAGAACAAUUCGAUACAGAAGUUACAAUCUGGGAAUUCUGAUAGCCUGGAGUGUCUGGUUUUGCAGAACUGUGAUGUACUGGUUGAGCCACCUGAUGGGACUUGUCUCAGCAGUGAACAUGGCAAAUAAAAACUGGAGAGCCAACCGGUGCAGUUAUUUAUACUUCACCCUGUUGUAUCAUCUUAGAGAUUGAUUUUCUAAGGACUUGAUUUUGUGGGGACAUCUUUGUGAGCCGAUCAGAGUUAAUAAACAUAGCUCAUCACA